GACUGCAUGCCCCGCCUUUCCUGCGAGAGCCUUCGAGAACGUUCUAUGCUGCAAUCUUUAAAGACUCGUGUGAGACCUUUGCUCGGUCAUUCAUCUGCGCCUCAGCACGGAUAGCGGACCAGUUCAGGACCAUAAAGGCCGAAUAUAAAACAGGAACCAUGUCCAAGGGACCAGCAGUGGGUAUCGAUCUGGGUACUACCUACUCCUGUGUAGGUGUGUUCCAGCAUGGCAAAGUGGAGAUCAUUGCCAAUGACCAGGGAAACAGGACCACACCCAGUUAUGUUGCCUUCACUGACACGGAGAGGCUGAUUGGUGACGCUGCAAAGAACCAAGUUGCAUUGAACCCCACAAACACAGUAUUUGAUGCGAAGCGGCUUAUUGGACGGCGGUUUGAUGACACUGUUGUUCAGAGCGACAUGAAACAUUGGCCCUUCGAUGUCAUCAAUGAUAACUCGCGUCCCAAAGUUGAGGUGCAGUACAAGGGGGAGACCAAGAGCUUCUACCCAGAAGAGAUCUCCUCCAUGGUGCUGCUGAAAAUGAAGGAGAUUGCAGAAGCGUACCUUGGAAAGUCUGUAAACAAUGCUGUUGUGACCGUGCCGGCCUACUUCAAUGACUCUCAGCGUCAGGCCACCAAAGAUGCCGGCACCAUCUCCGGGCUCAACGUCCUUCGCAUCAUCAACGAACCGACUGCUGCGGCUAUUGCGUAUGGCCUGGAUAAGAAGGUUGGCUCUGAAAAAAAUGUCCUGAUCUUUGACCUGGGCGGCGGCACUUUUGAUGUGUCCAUCCUGGCAAUUGAAGACGGCAUCUUUGAAGUCAAGUCGACGGCAGGCAACACCCACUUGGGGGGUGAAGACUUUGACAACCGCAUGGUGAACUUCUUUAUUACUGAGUUUAAACGCAAGCACAAGAAAGACAUUGCCGGAAACAAGAGGGCGGUGCGUCGUCUGCGCACAGCUUGUGAGAGGGCGAAGCGAACCCUGUCCUCCAGCACGCAGGCCAACAUCGAAAUUGAUUCCCUGUUCGAGGGCAUCGAUUUCUACACCUCCGUCACCAGGGCCCGCUUUGAGGAGCUCAACGGAGACUUGUUCCGCGGAACUCUGGAGCCUGUGGAAAAGUCUCUCCGUGAUGCCAAGCUGGACAAGGGUGAUAUUCAUGAACUGGUUUUAGUAGGAGGCUCCACUCGUAUUCCCAGGAUCCAAAAACUGCUGCAAGACUUCUUCAACGGAAAGGAACUCAACAAGAGCAUCAAUCCAGAUGAAGCGGUGGCCUACGGUGCAGCGGUGCAGGCUGCAAUCCUGUCUGGUGACAAAUCGGAGAAUGUCCAGGACUUGCUGCUGCUGGAUGUGACCCCAUUGUCUCUGGGUAUCGAGACCGCUGGAGGAGUCAUGACUUCGCUCAUUAAGAGAAACACCACCAUUCCUACAAAGCAGACGCAGGUUUUUACCACCUACUCCGACAACCAGCCUGGUGUGCUCAUUCAGGUGUAUGAGGGUGAAAGGGCCAUGACCAAAGACAACAACAUUUUGGGUAAAUUUGAGCUGGCUGGAAUCCCCCCAGCACCCCGGGGAGUUCCUCAAAUCGAGGUGACCUUCGACAUUGAUGCUAAUGGCAUCCUGAAUGUGUCUGCAACCGACAAGAGCACCGGCAAGGAGAACAAGAUCACAAUCACCAAUGACAAAGGUCGCCUCAGCAAAGACGACAUUGAGCGCAUGGUGAAGGAAGCUGAAGAUUACAAGGCCCAGGAUGACGAGCAAAGAGAAAAGGUAUCGGCCAAAAACGGCUUGGAGUCUUACGCCUUCAACAUUAAGUCCACUGUGGAGGACGACAAGCUGAAGGACAAGAUCAGCGAUGAAGACAAGCAGAAGAUUCUGGAGAAGUGCCAAGAGGUCAUCAGCUGGCUGGACAAAAACCAGUCUGCAGAGAAAGAUGAGUUUGAGCACCAGCAGAAGGAGCUGGAGAAAAUAUGCAACCCAAUCAUGACCAAGCUGUACCAGGGUGCAGGGGGUAUGCCCGGGGGAAUGCCGGGUGGUAUGCCAGGAGGUAUGCCAGGUUUCCCUGGUGCUGGUGGGGCUCCUGGAGGAGGCGGAGAAUCUUCAGGCCCCACCAUUGAAGAAGUUGACUAAACGUUCUUUGUGUUUUCUACUGCUGAGAUAAGUGCCACUUAGGGUUAAUCACUUUAACUUCCAGGAAUCACCACAUUUGGCUUUAUCUAUGGUUGGCUUUCAGCUAAACUACUUGAGAGUUUACCAGGCAGAAAUCUUAACAGUUGUCUCCCUUUUGUAUUUAUUAUUCAGUCAUUAACAUUUGAUUCUGAUGUACCAAGUAUUAAACGAUGACAUCUUCCCCUUGAUUACAAAAUUGUCACCCAAUAAAAAGAAAAGUACAAUGAU